AAUCGGGGAUGGCGCUGUGUUCAGUGUUAGUGAGUUUGGAGCCAAAGUUUCGCAGCGCAGGCAAGAAAGUUUUGCUGGAUACGAGCAGAGAUCUUAACUUCUGUCAUGUGGACCUCCAGGACAAACAUGUGGACCACAGACCCAAGAUAACAAGGAGUUGCGUGGCUGUUUUGAAGGAUAUUUUCCUUGUUGUUGAGAUGGAAAGAACGCUUAACGGGACUGCUGGCUUCGCUGCGCACCGCUUGUUCCAAUGGACUGCUGUGGCUCUUAUCACUUUGUAAGUUGGACAGAAACUCAUUGCACGCCCGCAGACACGUUUGCAACACGAGUAUGACUUAACUUGUUAACGCUUUGCUAUGUAGCCUAGCCUCGGGUGUUUAAAAAACAAUGAACUCUCCCAGUAACCAGGAGCUGGCACUCUUAUCUCGAAAACACCGGCUCAUGGCUGCAGCGAUGCCCGCUGAGGACGGCGCGUUGCCCCGCAGCGCCUCCAGGGCUGAUCGGAACGGAUUCGGGGGUCUUGUUCACUGUUUUAUCUGCGGGAGCGGCGUCACGCCCGGGAAAGAACUACGGCUGCAAGUGACAUAUCAGAAAGAGAGGUUGCCCUUUUUCCCGUUUCUCCAAAAUCAGGAGCCAGCUCCGGGUGCGUGCGAGCUGAGCGCGGAUGGCUGCGCGCUGGUGUGCGCGGUGUGCCACUGCUUCCUGGCUGAGCAGUGGAACUCCUUCGAGCGGAGCAGGACGCCCAUCGAGAAGCGCAUGUACUGGCUGAAAAGACCCUACCAGUGCGACUCCAGGCGGGUCCCUCAGGAGUGGAACAUCUCCUACGACCUGGAAAGGAGAAUCAGCCAUAACUACGACGGGGGCGCAGAGUCUGAUUUCUCAUCUUUUUCUGAAAACGAGAACAUUUCAGAUCAAGAGAUGGAUCUGGUUGACAGGGUGGGCAGGGAAAAAUGUCUGAGAGCGCCUGCUAAAGCCCUGAAAGACAGUAGCAGGAAAAACAAUGUGAUCAGUAUCAAAAACAGCCCGGAUUCACAGCAUUCAGUGCGCUGUGCGGCGGGUGUUUAUGACGCGCAUGAAUCAUCUAAAGCUGAUGGUGUGCAGGCGGCACGGCGCGGGGCUAAAAUGAUGAAUAAUGUCUGUCAGUCAGCAGAGUCCCAGGAGAGGCUCCCUCCGCGGUGUUAUGGCAAUCCUCUAACUGACACACCUGUGCAGGACAACGGCGUGAUUAUGCGCAACAGGCGCUCGCUGAAGGAGGAGAAUGUGAAACAUGUGGAGCAGCGUCAGACCCAGCGUGUCACCGACAGCAGCUGCGCUCCAUUCAGACAUCCAGCUCUGCUGCUACGAGGGAGAGCCGAAAACAACUCCCACCCUGCGCUGUCUCCUGUCCUCUCUAAAUGCACCUUAGGGAGGGAGAACAGCUCCGAAAACUCAGAGGGAGACGAGAUAAACAUCACAAGUGAUGAUGAGCGGGACAUCUGUGGUCCAAAGGCUGGACCAGCAGCUCUGCAAAGAGCUGUCACUGAUCUGUCUUCCAAGAGGAGCUCCCAUCAUGCUGCAAACUCUUGCCCAGAGGAGCCAGUGUGUUAUAUAUGUGGUGCCGGGCUCAGACAAGGUGCCAGUUUCAAAAUUAGUGUUCAAAAACAGGAGUCAGCCCGAGGAGAGCCGUUCUUUCCCUUCCUUUGGCUUCACUCAGCUCCCCUGGGUGCAGUGCCCAUCAGCACCUCAGGUACAACUAUUGUUUGUGGCAGCUGCCACACCUCCCUCAUGCAGCAGUGGGAAAGCUUUCAGCUGGCUGAUGUGCCUGUUCUCCAACGCCUAUACGUAGUCCCCCUGAAUCAAAAGUCCAGCACCCUUCAUCCAUCCCAACAUAAAGCACUAGACAGAAAAACUCCAGGUUCCCUUGAGGUCACACCUGAACCUAGGUCGUCUCAUGAAGCCUGCUUCCUUUGUGGCCAGGAGGGUAGAGGAGAUUUGAGAGUAGUAUAUGCACAAACUGGUGUAGGAAAAUCCCGAGCCGUGAUGUACUUUCCCUUUAUCAACUUAUUGCCUUGCCCACCUAAUGCUCAAGUAAUGAGGAACGGUUGUGUCCACUGCUGCGCACAAUGUCACUCUAUUCUGCUGGAUAUCUGGAACGCAUAUCGACUAAGCCUCAGCGAAGACCUCAUCACAUCUGUUAGCUCAUUUCUUGUUCGGUACCAUUCCUCCUUGUCUUCUGAUGGGCCCGGACCAGCCCCCUCUCAGGUUGAGGGGGGCUCUCACCAUGGCAGCUCCUUGUCAGCGUGUUACCUGUGUGGAGCGGAACUGAGUGCAGGUGCAGAAUACCAGCUGCAUGUCAACCCACCCAGCCGUUUUGGGGAGAGGGAGCCUUUCUUCCCUUUUCUAACAGUUUACCCACCUGCACCAGGUGCUAAACCAGUGGAUGCCACAGGCCUUGUGUCGGCCUGUAAACUUUGCUUCCAUGACCUGCACUCUCAGUGGGCACAACAUGAGAGCAAGGCCUUGGAGUCCUCCAGCCCAGCUGCUUCUUUGUUACCUGGCACUAACCCUCAGUCAACGAGCUCCCAGUGGGCCCGUCAGUACAGCUGUGAGGCCUUUGUGUGCUUCUUCUGCAGGCAGGAGCAGCGCAGGCAAGGCAGGCUGUGCGCCGUCAAUGUGGCCAGGCUACCUGUGUUUUUGUAUGCACCUCGCAGCCCUCGCACACUUCUGGUGGAUGAUGGAAGGAGGCUGGUGAUAGGCUCGUGCGUAGAUUGCAAAGCAGUGGUGCAAGUGGGACAGAGUAUGCAACAGGAUGUAGCCAUGCCAGCACGUGGAGCCUCAGCUGGAGAAAGAACGGAUAAUGAAUUAGGUUCCCCAAAGCCUAGAAACAAGGCCAGUACUUUGAUGGAUAGCACUAGAGCCACUAAAGAAGCGGACUCAGGGUCUUCACAACCUGCAGGGGACCACCCUCCUUCGUGCCCUGUGACCUCAGAGCCGAGGAGAGGAGAGGGACAACUUUGCAGCAUGAGCCAUGAGCCAAAGUCACCAUCAUUAGGAAUGAUCUCAACGGCGACCCGUACAACGGCGACGGUCAGCCCCCUCACCCCGUCGCCUCUGAACGGCUCCAUCGUAGCAAAUGGAAGCCCAGCUGCCCAGUCAGCCCACUCCGGAUUCGCCGCAGCCCUCCGUAAACUGGCAAAACAGGCCGAAGAACCUAGAGCUGCGUCAUCCAUCAGCAGCGAAUCGUCUCCAGUCUCAUCUCCUGCCACCAACCACAGCUCUCCAGUCAGUACACCCAAGAGGGGUCCUCUUGGUCCAGGACCUGUGCUGGUUCCCCCAGUGGGUCACAGUGUGCCAAACACUCCACCUGUCGUAACCAUAGCUCCGACAAAGACGAGCAACGGCCUGUGGAGGAACGAGGGACGCCAGGCUGACUCGGGGCCCCGUGGGGCCAGCAGGGAACGUUUGGGUGCAGAGGGGACCUUCUCCCAGGAGAAAGGUGGCCCCUCAGUCCCUGCUCACCUCCUGGGAAACCCCUAUGCCUUUGGUCUCACCCCUGGUGCUGUCAUGCAGGAUUCACGGUUUCCCCCCCUUAACCUGCCCAGACAGUUGCCUAAUGCGGUGCCUCCUGGUGCUGUACCAGAGGAGUACAUCCGGAGUUUUCGGCCCUAUGCCACUGCAGAGGAUCCACUCAGGAUGCAGUCUCUGCCUUUGGGCCUAGACCCUGCAGCAGCUGCUGCUGCAGCGGCGUACUACCACCCCAGCUACCUUCCCCACCCGUCCUUCACACCGUACAGGAUGGAUGACCCGUUCUGCCUCUCUGCUUUAAGGUCACCUUUCUAUCCACUGCCAGCAGGGGGAGCCUUACCCCCCAUUCAUCCUUCUGCUGUUCACAUGCACCUACCAGGCGUCCGCUACCCUGGAGAUUUUGCACACCCGUCAUUGUCAGCUCUGCAGUCUGAGAGACUCCAGCUAGAAGAUGAGCUGCGGCAGCGUGAGAGGGAACGUGAACGUGAACGAGAACGAGAGCGGGAAAAAGAGAGGGAGCGUGAGGCAGAGAGGGAGAAGGAACGCGAGAGGGAACGGGAGCGUGAGCGUGAACGAGAAAAAGAGCUGGAGAGGGAGAGGGAACGGGAACGGGAGCGCGAGAGAGAGCGGGAGAAGGAGAAGGAAAGGGAGAAGGAGCUGGAGAGGCAGAGGGAGAGAGCUCUGAGGGAGAAGGAGCUGCAGGCAUCCAAGGCCAUGGAUAACCUCUACAUGGCUGAGCUCCACACAAUGAGAGGACAGGAGGAACGAAGCAAGCCUGAGAGGCUAACCCCUAAUCGGGCUGAAAAAACCAAAGAGCCUGCUCUUCCCGCUCCCAAGCCAGUCCCACCUGGAAUCCACCCUUCAAUGGUCCAACCUCAUCAUCACGUCUCUGGGCUGAUCUCUAACCACGGCCUCUACAUGGGCUCCAGCGCUGUGGGCGCAGGACUCCCCUCCUCCUUGAUCACGCAGAGAGCAAACGAAGAGGAGAGGUGGUUGGCACGGCAACGCAGGCUCAGGCAGGAAAAAGAGGAUCGUCAGUCCCAGGUGUCUGAAUUUCGCCAGCAGGUUCUGGAGCAGCAUCUGGACCUGAGCCGGACUCCUGACUUACCAGAUCACAGGACAGACGCGCACAGGUCCAUGCAAAACCACCAUGAACCAGGAAUCAGGGAGCAUCAUCCCCACCUGGGCGCCCCACCACCCCUCAUCUCGCCCAAACCUCCACAGCCCCAGCGUGAGCACCACCCUGUACCUCCAACAACCUUGUGGAACCCUGCCUCUCUCAUAGAAACUCCUUCAGAAUCCAGGCGUAACCACGAGCCUUCAGGGAUGGGCCACUAUGACAUAAGUCGAGUUCCCCCAGGGCCCUCCAAAUAUGAAGAUGGAGCUCGAAGGAGAGACAUGGGAGCGAUGGAGAAAUACCCCCCUCUCAGACCUCCUCUAGUCCUCCCAGAGCACAGCACCUUCCUUGCUGAUCUAGAGAAGUCCACCCAGUCCUUCCUAAGCCAGCAGAGGGCAGCGAUGUCUCUACCUAGUCAGUAUGAAAUGGAGGGAAGCUUAAAGAUCAAUGCAGGACUAAAGAACCUUCAGGGACAUCCAGUGCACAGCAGACAUGGACAAGGUCCUGGAAUGAUAGCUGGACCUGGCAUUGGACCGCUGACUGCACAGGGUGCGGGUCCAGAGACGGUGCUGAUCUAUGAUGAGUUUCUCCAGCAGCACCGAAGGCCUGUCAGUAAGCUGGACCUGGAGGAGAAAAGGAGAAGGGAGGCCAGAGAGAAAGGUUACUACUAUGAGCUGGAUGACUCGUAUGAUGAGAGCGACGAGGAAGAGGUCAGAGCCCAUCUCAGAAGAGUAGCAGAGCAGCCCCCACUGAAACUAGACUACUCUACAGAGAAAUUAGAGUUUCUGAGAAUGUUCAAUCUGACCACCGUGAGCCGGCGUGAUGAGCUUGUGCAGCAGAAGAGGAGGAAAAGGAGGAGAAUGCUCAGGGAGCGCAGCCCUUCACCUCCUGCAUCACAGUCCAAACGCACCCCCCCACCACCUCCUGCUCCGCUCAGCACACGCUUCACUCCGGAGGAAAUGGACCAAGCACCAGAACUGGAGGACAAGAAGCAAUUUCUUACCAUGUUUAAACUCUCUCACGUCACCAUGCAGGACAGAAAAGACAAUGAAAGGGUGAUUGAACUGCUUCAAGCCAUAAAAGAAAAAAAUGUAACCUUGGAUACAAUCAGACAUGCACCUCAUCCGCUGUGCAAGAGUCCUCCAGCACACAUCUCUGAUAAAGCAACUACCCAGCACUCCUCUGAAUCUGAAGACCACCAUAAUGUCAGGCAGCAUAGUCCUCCGUCACAUUGCCCAGCAUCCCCCUGUGCUCCUAAACCCCUCGGAGACAUCUUACGACCGAAGGCACCCCCCUCCCCGGCUGUCUACCCAGACAAGGCCCGGGGGUCCGGUGAGGGCCCCGUCUCAAAGAGGAACUCCAGCUUGCUCAACAGCUUGCGGCCGCCACUCCCCCUGCAGACUAAAGAGGGACCUCCUAGCGUCAACGGGCGCACAAAACCUUGGGACAGCUUCACCCCAGAGGAAUUCGCCCAGCAGUUCCAUGAAUCUGUGCUUCAGUCCACUCAGAAGGCUCUGCAGAAACACAAAGGCGGAGCAGCAGGCGUGUCAGAGUCAUCUCACCCUCAGGAGUCAUCGGUCCACUAUAACAUUCCCGAGCUUCAGAACGCCCCCAGCCGUCCACCUCUGCCACUCUCACAGGCGCACUCAAACAAUCCCCCAUUUCCCCUUCCCCACUCCCACCCUCAGCCCAAUGGACAGCACUUUCCAAUGCCCCUCCACAAGGAGGCAGCAGUGAUGAGGGAGGACCUGUCUGGUCCAGAGGAUUUUGAAGAGGAGGAUGAUGAGGAGGAGGAAGAGGAGGCUCCUGUUCCCAAGUGGCAGGGAAUCGAAUCUAUAUUUGAAGCAUAUCAGGAAUAUGUUGAAGAGCAAACUUUGGAGAGACAAGUAUUACAGAACCAGUGUCGAAGACUAGAAGCGCAGAACUACAACCUCAGUCUGACAGCCGAGCAACUGUCUCACAGUAUGGGGGAGCUGAUGUCUCAGCGACAGAAGCUGGCAGUGGAGCGGGAGAAGCUACAAGCAGAGCUGGAGCACUUCAGGAAGUGUCUGAAACUGCCGCAGACACAUUGGCCUAGAGGUAGCCAUUACAAAGGAUACCCUCCUAGGUGACCCCCGACAUGCCCCCCCUGAAGACUCCCAGCCCCCCAGCUGCCUCCCGUCAGACAUAAGUUUAUUUUUCACAGCCUUGUCCUUGUGACUCCACAGAGGGAAUAUGGCUUACUGGAUAAGAUGAGUGAAUGAAAUGGCUUGGGUAAAUGAAUAAACGGGUGAAUGCACAAGAGACAGGACCAUUGAGUGAAGGACAGUUAGUCUCUGGAGCGGGGCUUCCCAGGGACCGCUCCCAAAGCCACUGACGCGUGCCAAUGUAGCCAAGUGAGAUCAGUAAAGCAGGACCACCUAAAGAUCAACAAGCAGUCUCAAACAGAUGGCUGCCAGUCCCAUCCUUUAGCUCCUGUUGUUCUGCUGUUCAGUCCCUGCAUCCCUCAUCACCACAGCCACACAGACAAUCCUGCCAAUGAAGGAGCAGCUGCCCCUCCCCCCUCCCCGAGGGGUUUCGUCACAAGACUUGAAAGCUCCAAAUCUCCAGACGAAGGCUUCAGGCCAGUUGGGACUGAUUUUUACCACAGCGGCCACCGUACCUUUUGAACUGGAAAUGCACUUAAGAAUAAAAGCUGAAGAACUACCUGUUGGUACUGUGUUACAACAAAGAACUGUUCAUUUUAGGGAAAAAAAACUUAGAAAAUGUAAAAUUUUUUUAAAAAGAGUUAAGGAAAGGUUUUAUUUCAAAAUAGAAAGUUUGAAAAUAAGAAUUUUAAAGGGUGCUUCAGCCUUGUAUUGUACAUAUUAUGAAGACUUAAAUGAAUUUUGUAUGUUUUUAUUACUUUAAUCAUUGUUCUUUUAAAAGAGAAGCCCGCCAUUUUUAUAUGUUUAUGCUUUUUUUGGGGGGGGAGGGGUUGAAAAAGAAAGCCUUGCUUUUUGUGUUUUUUUUUGCUGCUGCUAGCAAAAAAAAUAAAAAAAUACACUCCGAGAUGGUCCACAGAUGGAGCUGAAAGCAGGGCGUCUUCCUGCUUUUUUUUUUUUUUUUUCCUCAUCCGAAGUCUGAGCAGCUGAGGCCAGGCCACAGCCCACUUCAUCUGACCCUAAAAGACCCGUCCCUGCCAACCCGCCAUCCCGUCCCCCUUUCGCUGCACAGCAACCUAACCUGUAUUUUCACUCCUCCUGUGCUUCACUGCUGCUGGCGUAACUAGUUAGCUCGUGAUUUCCUCAUCCAGAUUCACAGUGAUAUAUGCAGGUGCAUCUCAAGGAUUUACAUUAUCAUUGAGGAAUUAAUUUAAUUCAGUUUAUCCCAUUUAUUGCAUGUAUAAUUUAGUUUUUAUGGGAACACAAUUUUAAAAACUGAUAGGAAAUGUGCAAUCUUUGCAGAGAGAACUCGGUCAGGGGUCAUUUUGAAUGAUUUUCUGCCCUAAUGCAACGCAGCAUGAAGGGGUGUAGUUUUGCUACGGUGUUAGUGGAGCUCCAUAUUAGAUCAUCUAUCAUAUCUGAGGGAGUAUGAAGUGCUCUUAAAUUUCCUUGAAGGCGGCAAAUCUGACUUUAACUUGAUUAAAAACGGCAGACUGACACCAGUGAGUAACUGUGACUCAGGUUGCCGGUAAUAUGUUUGCAUUCACCUCUCUGAGCAGCCACCAGGGAUUGAUUUUGUAUUGAAUUACUGACAUAAAUUAACUUUUCAAUGAUGGUAUUUAUUGGUAUGCACCUUUAAAGUUUAUAUAUACCUAAUCUCUGAAGCAGCAGGCAGAUGAAUCUGCUUUUUGAGCUUUUUUUUUUUAUAUAUACAUAUAUUGAAUCUUAUCAGUUUUUAAGACUGCACAUAUUGGAGCCAGAGGAAUGAUGAUUAAACCGUAUGAAAUUAAGCCCUUUUCAAACAGCCAUGAUGCAGUGCCAAAAAAAAACAAAUUGAAUAAAUCGAACCAUUCUAAGAUUGGUGAUGCAAUUUGAAAGCCAAACCUUUUCAGUUACUCUCACUUUUUUUUGGAAGGAUCCCUCCCGUCACAGAAAUCCCACAGCGUUAAACUGGACCAGAUUAAGAAGGGUUUGUUUUAUACCAUGCAUACAUGUUUACAACCCCUCCUCUGCCUUUCCUGCAGCAUUGCCCUGAAAUUGGUCCAGUGUUACACUGUCAACUACCCCCCAUCAGAAAAGUGAAGCCUUCUAAACAAACAAAAAGAUUUUAAAUGUACUUUAAAGAUUGAAGCACAAAUAUGCCACAAAAACCCCUAUUUUACUUCCAAGUGCCUCAGUAAUUUGAGAGCAUGUGAAUUUCACAGUCCACUAGUGUCUGCUGUAUCUUUGACACCUUUUCAAUGAUGACUCUGAAUUAGUUUGAACACAAAUCACCUCGUUUGCAACCAUUCUUUCCAAAGAAGCAAUGCCUGAACCAGAUGAGAGAAUAAAAAAGUGCAGUCUGUUACUUUUCCACAGCAGGGCCAUCCGUGCAGCCUAUUAGCAAAUGAGGACACAUGCAUGCUGAGGUAAGCUGCCAAUUAGCUGGAGAGGAAGUAAGACGAGGCUCUUACUCAGCCUCCCUGGGUCUCCAACCCACGCACGUCCAUGGAAUAGCUCGGUUACUCAGUGGAGGAUGUCUAGAUGCUGUGAAAUCCUGGUUUGUUUGUUUUUUCUUUUUUUUUUAUGUACUUGUUUUAAAUUCAUUGUAAUGUAAUAUAUACUUUGUUGAAUGUAGUAAUUAGGUAUUUAUGAAUAUAUGGCUGUGAUUUCAGACAAAAAGAUAAUAAAAUGCUUCAAAAAUGUCAAACAUCAAAAUG